AUACAUUUCUGGUUUUAUCGACACAGUUUUCUUUCUAUAAAUUUAUGUAAACUACAAUUAUUUUCUGUAAACGCAAGAAAGAGGACAUUAAUAAAUCUACAAAACAUAUAUGCGAAAGUCCUUUACAUUAACUCAAGUGAAUAAGUGUAGUAUGAAAGCGGCGUGCAUUGUAUAUUAAGGAAAUGUAAUAUACAUAUGUAUAUUCGAAUACAGCAGUACCAUUAUUCUUAUUUACCAGCAAUCAAAUUGCAUUCAUAUACGUAUAAGCCAGUCGCAAUAUGGAUAAAAAGAUCUCAUCAACAUCGCAGCCCCGCAUUUUGAAAAAGAAGCACUUCAGAGUAAAGCAUCAAAAAGUUAAACUGUUUAGAGCCAAUGAACCGAUUUUAAGUGUGUUUAUGUGGGGAAUAAAUCACACUAUUAAUGAAUUAAGUCAUGUAAACAUACCUGUAAUGCUGCUGCCAGAUGACUUUCGUGCUUAUUCAAAAAUCAAGGUGGAUAACCACCUAUUCAAUAAAGAAAACAUGCCGUCACAUUUCAAAGUAAAAGAAUAUUGCCCCCUCGUGUUUCGGAAUUUGCGUGAAAGAUUUGGAGUUGAUGAUGUUGACUACCGCGAGUCGUUAACUCGUUCACAACCCAUACAAAUAGACUCGUCUGGAAAGUCAGGGGCACAAUUUUAUCAAAGCUAUGAUAGGUUUUUUAUAAUUAAAAGUCUAACAUCUGAAGAAAUUGAACGUAUGCACGCAUUUUUAAAGCAAUAUCACCCGUACGUUGUUGAGAGACAUGGAAAAACACUUUUACCGCAAUACUUGGGAAUGUAUCGAAUCACUGUAGAAAGCGUCCAGUAUUACUUCGUUGUCAUGAGGAAUGUUUUUAGCUCCCACUUGACAAUUCACAAAAAGUUUGAUUUAAAAGGUAGUACCGUGGAUCGGGAAGCAUCGGAGAAGGAACUUGAAAAACAUUUGCCGACUUACAAGGAUAAUGAUUUCAUAAAACAAAAAGUGAAAUUGGACAUUGGAAAAGAAGCUAAAGAAAAACUGAUGGACACCUUAAACAACGAUGUGGAUCUGUUGACGAAGUUGCACAUCAUGGACUAUUCAUUAUUGGUUGGCGUACAUGACUGUGUGCGUGCGGAGGAGGAAGCCUUACAAGGAGAUAAUAUUCCAGCUGCCGGUCGCAGUGAGAACAGCGAGAGCGAGGAAUGCGAUAGCGGCGAACGCUGGACGUAUAACACGCCACCAGAUUCUCCAAGAGGUGCACAGUAUAAAGAAGUUGUUUACGAAGUUGAUAUAUAUGACAUUCCAAGUAUUGAAGAAAAACGUGAAAUCUACUUUAUAGCUAUUAUUGACGUUCUUACUCAAUACGGUGUAAAAAAGCAGGCGGCUAAAGCAGCCAAAACCGUUAAAUAUGGCAGUAAUGUUGAUGGUAUAUCGACAUGUGACCCUGACCAAUAUGCCAAACGAUUCCUGGAAUUUAUGGAUAAAGCUAUAGAAUAAAGUAUUAUAACCAUAUUGUAUUUGCCACAUUCAAAAUGUCAAAACCAUAUUUAAAUAAGAUAAAAGAAAUAUAAGAUAUCAUUUCGAA